AGGGUUCUCAAGUGCAGGUGGCAGGUGUUCUGUACCUUGCUAGGCCAAGGAGUCCGCAGCCAGAAGAGGCGGGGAAAUGGGAAUCAGGGGCAGGGCUCCUUCCAGGCAUCUUCCUCCGUAGCUCCCCAGCUGAGAACAGAUGGAAACGUGAAGAUUGGUAGCUGGGGCGGCCAGGGAACCCAAGUCCGCUGGCCCAAGCCAAAGCCUGGCACCACCCCCCCAUCCUUGCUGGUGGAAAGCACGGUGAAAUCAACCAGCGGCAGCUCUGAACGCAACGCAGAGUCCGCGAGGGAGCCUGGGCAAGUACAGAGCGGGCCCGCUCUGGCGGUUGGGCGGGCUCUGGGGGCGGGGCCGGGGGCGGGGUCCACCUGGGACCGCGGCACGCCCCUCACCGCUCGCGCCGCCAGGGGGCGCCCUCCCGAGAGCGCCCCUGGGCCGAGGCCUGCGUUUGGCCCCUGCGGGCCGCCGUCUCCGUGCCAGGCAUUCGGCCGCCGUUCGGCUGCGCGGCGGCGGCGGCUCCCGCAGCUCUUAGCGGUGCCGCAGUCGGACUUUCGGGGGCCCGCUGGCCGGCGGCAGCGGCCAUGGCACCCUGAGCAGGCAGGGAACAGGCAGCGGCAGGCGGGCAAGCGGGCUGGUGCCGCAGCCCAGGCCCGUGUCGCGCCUCUUUGUCUCCACGGGCAGCGGCUCAGCCCCGGGCCCCGGGCGGAAGUGAGAGGCGCUCGGCGUGGGGGCCGCGGCGGCCGCACCAUGAACGACAUCCGCCACUCGCUGCUGCGCCGCGACGCGCUCAGCGCCGCCAAGGAGGUGUUGUACCACCUGGACAUCUACUUCAGCAGCCAGCUGCAGAGCGCGCCGCUGCCCAUCGUGGAUAAGGGCUCCGUGGAGCUGCUGGAGGAGUUCGUGUUCCAAGUGCCCAAGGAGCGCAGCGCGCAGCCCAAGAGACUGAAUUCACUUCAGGAGCUUCAACUUCUUGAAAUCAUGUGCAAUUAUUUCCAGGAGCAAACCAAGGACUCUGUUCGGCAGAUUAUUUUUUCAUCCCUUUUCAGCCCUCAAGGGAACAAAGCCGAUGACAGCCGGAUGAGCUUGUUGGGAAAACUGGUCUCCAUGGCGGUGGCUGUGUGUCGAAUCCCGGUGUUGGAGUGUGCUGCCUCCUGGCUUCAGCGGACGCCCGUGGUCUACUGUGUGAGGUUAGCCAAGGCCCUCGUGGAUGACUACUGCUGUUUGGUGCCGGGAUCCAUUCAGACGCUGAAGCAGAUAUUCAGUGCCAGCCCGAGAUUCUGCUGCCAGUUCAUCACCUCCGUUACCGCGCUCUAUGACCUGUCGUCAGAUGACCUCAUCCCACCUAUGGACUUGCUUGAAAUGAUUGUCACCUGGAUUUUUGAGGACACAAGGUUGAUUCUCAUCACUUUUUUAAAUACUCCGAUUGCGGCCAAUCUGCCAAUAGGAUUCUUAGAGCUCACCCCGCUGGUUGGAUUGAUCCGCUGGUGCGUGAAGGCCCCCCUGGCUUACAAAAGGAGAAAGAAGCCCCCCUUAUCCAAUGGCCACGUCAGCAACAAGGUCACGAAGGAGCCGGGCGUGGGGAUGGACAGAGACUCCCACCUCUUAUACUCGAAACUCCACCUCAGCGUCCUACAGGUCCUCAUGACGCUGCAGCUGCACCUGACCGAGAAGAAUCUGUACGGGCGCCUGGGGCUGGUCCUCUUCGACCACAUGGUCCCGCUGGUGGAGGAGAUCAACAGGUUGACGGAUGAACUGAACCCCCUCAACGCCUCCCAGGAGAUCGAGCUCUCGCUGGACCGGCUGGCGCAGGCUCUGCAGGUGGCCAUGGCCUCAGGGGCUCUACUGUGCACGAGAGAUGACCUGAGAACCUUGUGCUCCAGGCUACCCCAUAAUAACCUCCUCCAGCUGGUGAUCUCGGGUCCCGUGCAGCAGUCGCCUCACGCCGCGCUCCCCCCAGGGUUCUACCCCCACAUCCACACGCCCCCGCUGGGCUACGGGGCCGUCCCGGCCCACCCCGCCGCCCACCCCGCCCUGCCCACGCACCCCGGGCACACCUUCAUCUCGGGCGUGACGUUUCCCUUCAGGCCCAUCCGCUAGGCCGGCCCGCGUGUGCCUUAUGUGCCCUCGCUGGACGAAGCCUUCCGAGAAGGAAGGGGUGGCCGGUGCCCCAGAAGAGAACCUCGGGGAAGUGGCCGGGUGGCUCCUCCCCGCCGGCAGAACCGUCUCGGUGCCACGGAGUCCAGGUGCUUCCCACCUGGUCGCAUUCUUCGACAUCCAGAUUGGAUGGUGAAGGGAAGAGUCCAGCCUCUGCUGAGAGCCUGCUGCGGGCGUUUUUAAAACAUGCCGGACCUGGGAGCCUCUGUUCUCUACGCAUUUCAGACACAGCCUGUGUGGCGAGGAGUGUGACGGGAGGAACCACAGGUGCAGGCCUAUACGUCUGGCCUCUUUGCUUGUGAAGACGAUGUGUCCCCGCCAGAAAAAGUGGGCUCUUUCUGCAGCCCCGUGAGCUGAGCCCAGGCUGUGUAGUGACCACAAGCUUGUGUGCAGCACCGCUCAGGGAAGCUGUCAGGAAUUCCCCUCACCUCGGAAAGGAACUUCUCAGUUUUAUUGGGGGUGUCAAAAUUUUCCUUUCAUAUGUUCAAAUAAAUUUUUCUAAA